UGAAGCUACCUUUACUGCUGUGCUUCUCUCUACCCUCACAGCAGCAGCAUGGAUUGUUAGAAGCUACAAAUACCCCACCCCUUCCUUCCGGGAACCUUCGGAGGCAGUGGGAUGGCAGGACAAAGAGAUAAGCCAAGAAAACACAGCAAAUGUACUACUGCACCACCAAAAUCUCAGCCGCUUCCCGAGGAGUCGAUGGGAGCUCUCCUGAUCGACAUCCCUUCCUAGUCAAAAACGAAGGUGCCGACCCUCCACCCCCUUCUCUUCUUUCUUAGCAUCGCACGGGAGAAACCCUUUCUUUAGAUCUCAAAGGAUAAUUGGAGGAGAGGAGGAAGAGAUCAGACACAAGGAUUGGAGACCUUCUCCUGCUAUCGAUUUGGUUUUGGUGUCUUGAGGGAGUCUUUGAGGUUUGAGGAAAUCAGCGGAUGGAGUUCACUCGUGGAAGAGAUAUGUCUCGCAUGACCGAGCAACAAGACGCCCGGAAACAUGCUUCUUUUGUGCCUUCCUCUACCUCCUCCUCCUCCUCGCCGUCGUUGCCGCCGUCGUCCGUCGCUCCUUUCAGGUGGAACGACGGCUCAUCGGGAAGCAGCGGCCGUGGUGAAGAGUCUUGUGUCGAGAAGGAGCACAUGUUCGACAAGGUGGUGACGCCCAGCGACGUCGGCAAGCUCAACCGUCUGGUGAUCCCGAAGCAGCACGCGGAGAAGUACUUCCCGCUGGACGCGGGGGACAACGGCAAAGGGCUGCUGCUCAGCUUCGAGGACCGCAACGGCGAGUCGUGGCGCUUCCGGUACUCCUACUGGAGCAGCAGCCAGAGCUACGUGAUGACCAAGGGAUGGAGCCGUUUCGUGAAGGAGAAGCGGCUCCACGCCGGGGACACCGUCUCCUUCGGUCGUGGCCUCGGCGACUCCGGCCGCGACCAGCUGUACAUCGACUGGAAGCGGAGGCCUGGCAACCAUGACGCGGCCCGGAUGCCGCAGAUUUAUUUCCCUGGAGUCUCGUUUGCGCGGUCCGUAGGACCGUGGGGCACCCAUCUCUUCAUGCCCCCUCCUCCUCCUCCUCCUCCUCCGACGACGACGGCGUACGACCAACACCUCCAGGGGUAUGGAUGCAAUGUCAUGAGUCCGGGUGCUUUGGGGGGCCAGCUCAUUUUCUUUCGAUCUCCACUCACCGCGCCGCCACCGGUCGAGAUGCACUCCGGUGGCCUCUCCAUGGUUCUUGACCCGGCGCCUGUCGUCCACGACCAGGCCACGGCCAAAAACGUAAGGCUGUUUGGGGUAAACCUCGUCUGCGCCGGCUCAGAAGGUGAACCCGUCCCCCGCAGCGAACGCACAUCUCCGAGUUGGUUACCGUCGCCAGAGGCGUCUGCUCUCCCUCCUCUCCAAAAUCAACACAGCAGCGUCGAGUCCUCGUUGGCUUCAUCUUCGUCGACGAGCAAGUAGCAGCAAUCCUCGUUGGAUCUUGACCUACGAAGGAGAUGGAUACCAAAAAAGAGGGGAUGAUAUCUAUUGCCAUUACCUUCCGUAUCGAUUGGCCAAAGCAUGGAAGGUUCCUUCUCUAUUAUUUUUGCUUCUUUCAUACUUCAAGAAAUGGAAGAACAGAAGAGUUUAUGCAGAUUAAAGUCAUUUCCUUCCUGAUAAUAUUCUCUUCCAGUUGUACAUAUAUCCAAGAUAUAAAGCCGACAUAGGAUUCUAAUCUACUGAACCUAUGUUACCACAAUAUAUCCCA